CAUUCUUCCAUCUAUAUAUACAAGUGUAUUAUCCACAACACAGACAAGGCAUUCUCACAUCCUCUCUACAAGCAAAUUUUACCAUUCAAUUUUUAGAGUUUUCUCUGAUCUUUGUCAUACUUCCAAAUUACCAAAACCAAUGGCUAUCCGUGUGCCUAUACUUAUGCAUGUUAAGCAGAUUCUUCGUCAGUCUAAACUGUUUACAAAUCAAGCAGCCACCACCUCAACCGAUGUUCCCAAAGGAUACUUUGCAGUCUAUGUUGGGGAAAGCCAAAAGAAAAGAUUUAUAGUUCCAAUUUCAUUCUUGAACCAGCCUUCGUUUCAGGAGUUGUUAAGUAUAGCCGAGGAAGAAUUCGGAUUCAAUCAUCCUAUGGGUGGUCUCACAAUUCCUUGCAUAGAAGAGGCCUUCGUUGAUCUCACUUCAAGCUUGCAUUAGUUGCCUAAUGCUAAAACAAUUUAAUCAGCUGAUAUGAUUUCUGACCAUUCCUGUAGGACACACUUCAGGCGCUCUUCACAAGUGCUUGUCCUAUGAGUUACUGCAACGAAGAAACACAAGCCAGUUUUUGGUUCUUGGACAUGUUAUAAAUUUCUUAUGUU